AUGAGCCUUGCGAAGGAGAUACAAAUUCUAUGCCUCGGCCUACGCCAUCACGAACCCAGACGUCGGCAGCGCAUUUCCUUGGCCAUUCCCUUGACACCUCAGGCAAGGGCCGUAACGAGGAAAGCCAUCACCUCAGAUAACAUCUUCCCCCCUCGGUCAAAGGAAGACGUCACCCGCUAUCCUUUUGCCUCUCCGGUUGUUUGCGCCUCCCACUACGAUAACCAUCCUCAAUUUGACGCUUUCCGACCAACCCAAGCUGAGACCCGUGGGGAGGCGUUGAAGCAACUAGAAACCAUAGAAGCUUUCCACGUCCAUUAUCUACGGGAUCGCAAAGGUAACGUUGGCCUGUGGGACGGAUGCAAGGAUUUUUCAUUCCCGGACCCGAACAACUACCUAGAGCUCCGGCAUAAAGCACCGCCUGCCGUUGUCUUUAGGACAGACCAGGACUCAAGCUACUCCAGGGAAGCGAUCGAAGCCAUUCCGGGAACCGCUUUUGGCCAUAUCGAUCUUCAGAGUUUCCAUUUACGAAAACGCGGACGGAGCACUCUGGCACUUCCAUCACGGUCCAGGGGAACUACCGGAUAUCGACUGGAGUGA